AAAAACCCAUUUUAAGUUUUAAAUUUCAUAAUUUGUUUGUAUUAAUCCGGAGGCUAUUGACCAUAGUAUAUUUUAUUCGUAAAAAGAAAAGUUCACGUCUGCCGUGAAUAAGCGCAUCACAUGUGUCACAGAAGAGAUUAGAUGAGAUUCUGCAAAGCGCACACCUGAGGCCAUAGCCACCCACAUUUGUAUACCUAAGUAUAUCUAUAUCUAUCCGUGUAAAUGUUAUCAGUGCUCGUGCUGAGGAGGCGCGCUAAAACGCCCACAACAACAAUAACAACAAGAACCAUUGAGGAGCAGCAACAACGAGUGGACGAGUGGGUGGGCCACACAUAACAGGGCCACUUGUCAAGGACGAAGAACAGUGUGAGCAGCAGGCAGGCAAAGUAAGCAGUUAAGGCCCAAUUGCAGUUGGGCGCAAGUUGCAACGACGACAAAACGUGCGCACAAUAUUAAUCAUUUUUGGGCCAUGAUUUCGACAACAACAACCAUAACAAUAGCAACAGGAAAUCCAAAAAUUACAAGCAACUGACAACAUAUUCAUCGUCAUCGUCUCCGUCUUCGUUGUCGUCGUCGUUUAAGCCAAGAAAGAACCAAGUCUCAAAACCUUCCCCGGUCCAAAACCACAAAUAAUUAAGUGAGCAAUAAUAAACUCUAGUCAUAGAAAUUCAUAUGGAUGCGACCGCAAGUUCAAAGUUUAGUGAUGUCGACGAGUAUGGCUUCAAGCGGGGAGAUAAUUUCGAUUAUAAGGCUUAUUCGAAAUUUAUGGAUGGUUACUUGAAGACAUUGACGCGUCGUCGCAUGAAAUGGGAGGCUAUAUUACAACAAAAGGAUUUUGAUCUCAGUAAUAUUGAUGCUAAGUUAAAGCGUUAUAUACGCAAGGGUAUACCUGGACCCUACCGUCCCGAUGUAUGGAUGAAAAUAUCCGGAGCUGCUGCUGCACAGCAGCUAAAUCCAAAUUUAUAUAAAAGUUUAUUAGAGUUGGAGCAAUUUAAUAAGGAAAUAAGCGAUUCCAUAUCAAUCGAUCUACCUCGUACUUUUCCCGACAAUAUCUAUUUCGAUACGAAAAAGGACAGUCUAUAUAAUAUACUAAUUGCCUAUGCGCAUCAUAAUCGUGACGUGGGCUACUGUCAGGGUCUCAAUUAUAUAGCCGGUUUACUAUUAAUUGUCACUAACGAUGAGGAGAAAUCGUUUUGGCUGCUCAAGCAUAUUGUUGAGAACAUUGUGCCCCAAUAUCAUUCACAUAAUAUGGCCAAUCUGUUGAGAGAUUUGGCGGUCUUUAAGGAGCUGGUCAUAAGGCGAGUUCCCGCUGUCAAUCGGGUUGUGGAGAAUAUGGGUCUACCAUAUGCGGUAAUUGCAACUAAAUGGUUUAUUUGCAUUUUCGCCGAAGUUCUGCCCGUUGAGACGGUGCUAAGGAUAUGGGAUUGCGUUUUCGCCGAGGGUUAUAAAAUUGUAUUUCGUGCCGCUCUGGCCAUGUUUGUAACUCACAAGAAUGCCAUUCUGGAGUGCACUGAUAUUGCCGCAUUGGCCAACCUUUUUCGUGAUGUCAUGAUCCAGGAUAGCAUCGUUACCGAUUGUCAUGGCUUUAUUAAUGCCAUGUUCGCAUUGCGUUUGAAACGCAGCGAGCUCGAAAGUUUACGUAAACUUGCCGCACUAAACAAAACCACCACCUAAAUAAGAACAAAUACGAGGAACAAUGAUCAAACAAAUCAAAAAAAAAAAAAAAGAAGAAAAAACCAACCAAAUUGGAAAAGCAAUCGAAAAAUUCAAUUAUUAGUAACGUAGUUUAAAUGUGUGAGUAUUUAUGUCUUUAUAUUUUAUGUGUACGCAUAAACAGAUACAUCUAUAUACAUAUAUCGAGAUUGUUGCCUCAUUGUAGCAAAAUGCAUUUCGAGUAUUAGUGAAAAAUAACGCAAAAAGUUAUGACCCCAAACAAACCAAACCAAAAUUUGUACCAAAUUCGUAUGUCUGUGUGUAGCAGUAGCCAAAAUUUUGUUAAGUAUCGCAUCUUCCACAUUCAAUUAUAAAUAUGUAUAAAUUGCAACAGACAAACAGGGGACAAAAUAGGAAAAACACAAAGCAACAAGCAACCACAACUAUUUGUGUUCUUAAUUAAUUUCAUUGUUGAUCAAAGAAGUAUUUAUGUAUAUUUUUAGUAAUGUAAAUUAUAAGACGCUAUAUACUGAUAAUACCUAUUAAAAGGUAUUUAAUGUAUAUUAUGUAUGUACAUUUUUGUGUGUAGUAGAUAAACAAUAUGUACUUGAAACGGACGACAAAUUGCUUUUAAAUUGUUAUAUUAUAUUUAUUAUAUGUGUGUAGUUGCAUACUCGUGCGUAUUAAUACUCACUCUCAAUACUAUUUACAAACUGAUAUAUAUAUCCUGUAAUAUUAUUUGAGGAAUUGAUUCACUGAGUUGUAAUACCAAACAAAUAAAAACUAUCGACUAUGUAGUAAGUGUUAAAAACAAAAACUAAACUAAAACAAACAAAUGUGCUUCUGAAAUAAAUGCAAAUGCGAAACUUAAGUUGCAUAGAAUAAAACAUGAAA